GUCGUUAUUUGCAAAGUAAUGCUUUGCCGUGUUUUAGAAAUAAUUUUUAGUACCUACGUCUUUGCCGUUAAAUUAUGAAAAUGUGUCGAUCACAUCUGUUUCCAUUGUGCAAGUGGAAUCUUAUCAUCGGAAUCUUACUGCUGUACGAUGUGUCGCAACAUGUGUCAAGCGGGGACGAGGUUGUUAACCUCAAAAUCGAAAAUGUCACUGACAUCAAGAUCACGCCCGUUGUCACAACAGACAGUCCGAAUGCUACGAGUGUCGCGGCUAAUAUCAGUAUUACAGAAUUAUCGAGCACAUCGCGACCUACAAACAAUACAAACAACGUUGUUCAGAGUGUCAGUUCGACGACCUUGAAACCGGCUGUCACGUCUGCGCGCACAGAAGAGCCUGACAACAUCGGUGUCGUGAGCGAUCGGAUAACCGACAAACUCAUCAACACGGUUUCACCGAUUCCUAUCGGCGAUAAGAAUGCGACAACAGACAUCUCGGUAUCGUCAGCUAGCCCGGAUGUUGCCAACAACAAUUCGACCAACACCAGCACGACCACCGUCGUGCCAGCGGAACCGGUUCUACCCGACAAAGGCUCUGCCGAGGAGGAACACAACAGUUCCAUGUCCAUAUUCUUCGUUUUGUGCGUCUUAGCGUUGGGCAUACUGCUGAUACACCUGAUGCUGCAGUUCAAUUUUCAGUAUCUGCCCGAAUCGGUAGUGAUAGUUUUCUUAGGUGCCGCGAUCGGUAUGAUUAUAAAUCUCAUGUCCCAUCAGAACAUAGCAAACUGGCGAAAAGAAGAGGCAUUUUCGCCCACGGCGUUUUUCCUAGUUCUACUUCCACCCAUUAUAUUUGAGUCAGGAUACAAUCUGCACAAAGGAAACUUCUUUCAGAACAUCGGCAGUAUCUUGGUAUUUGCCAUAUUUGGAACAGCCAUAUCGGCGUUCGUCAUUGGCGCCGGGAUAUAUUUGUUAGGUCUGGCGCAGGUAGCGUACAAACUAAGCUUCGUUGAGAGUUUCGCCUUCGGAUCGCUGAUAUCGGCGGUUGAUCCCGUCGCCACGGUGGCGAUAUUUCACGCCUUGGAUGUCGAUCCGGUUUUGAAUAUGUUAGUUUUUGGAGAGUCGAUCUUAAACGACGCUAUUUCUAUCGUAUUGACAACUUCCGUAUUGGAAUCCAACAACGCGGCAACGACCAGCGAGGCUAUUAUACUCGGAUUGAAUCGAUUUUGUCUCAUGUUCUUCGCCUCGGCGGGCAUCGGUGUGGUAUUCGCUCUGAUAAGCGCGCUGUUGUUGAAGCACGUAGAUCUAAGGAAAAAUCCAUCUUUGGAGUUUGGUAUAAUGUUGGUAUUCACGUAUGCUCCAUACGUAUUAGCGGAAGGCAUACAAUUGUCAGGAAUUAUGGCAAUCUUGUUCAACGGAAUAGUUAUGUCACAUUACACGCAUUUCAAUCUAUCGACUGUCACGCAGAUAACGAUGCAGCAAACAAUGCGAACGUUAGCUUUUAUAGCUGAAACCUGUGUUUUUGCAUACCUGGGAUUGGCGUUGUUUAGCUUCAGACACAGAUUUGAACCAGCAUUGGUUGUUUGGUCCUUGAUACUGUGUCUGAUCGGAAGAGCCGCUAACAUCUUUCCACUUGCCUUGCUGGUCAAUCGUUUCCGCGAGCAUCAGAUCACGAGAAAAAUGAUGUUCAUCAUGUGGUUCAGCGGCCUACGUGGCGCCAUAUCGUACGCAUUGUCGCUUCACUUAGAUUUCAGCGAUGAAACGCGCCACGUUAUUAUAACGACCACGCUCAUCAUCGUGUUAUUCACGACCUUGAUAUUCGGUGGAUCGACUAUGCCUCUGCUUAAAUUUCUGAGAGCGGAAAAGAAGCAGAAGAACAGCAGCAGGAGAAAGAAGAAGGACAAGGAAGUUUCAUUGAGUAAAACCAGAGAAUGGGGACAAACUAUAGAUUCCGAGCAUCUGUCGGAACUCACGGAAGAAGAAAUGGAAGUGUCGUUCUUGCAGUCGCGCAUACGCGGUUUCGCAAGAUGGGAUUUGAAGUUCUUCAUUCCGUUCUUCACGAGACGGUUCACGCAGCAAGAGCUGAAGGACUGCAAGUCGCAGAUGACGGAUCUGACGAAUCAGUGGUAUCAGGCUAUCAGAAUCAGUCCGAUCGAGUCGGACGAUGAGGCGACCACGGCAUCGACCGCGCAAUUGAAUCUGAAUGUCACCGGCACGGCCAAGGAUCAGCCGCAAGGAAAAGGAAAAAAAGGACAUCCCAGGCACGGGUCUAUAUUAAAACUGUGGAGGAUUGGUCUGAUUAAAAUUCCCGAUUUGUUCCCAUUAGUAUCGUAAAGGAUUAUAAUCUAUUCAACUCUCUUUGUUAAGUAGUUCUUAUUUCAAAAAUCUUAAUUUAUAUGUAUAAAUUUAUUUAACGAUUGUACAUAAUCUUGUAAAAUGAACGAAAAUUUAAUUUGUAUACAAAUUUGAUCUUUUCACUGAUAUUAGAAAUGUGUACAAAUAGUUUAGAAUUUUGUUUAAAAAAUUCUAAUAUGUGUGUAUAUGUGUUAAAAUCUAAUUAUGUAAAAAAAUUAUACGUUUGUAUUUAUUUAGUUAAUUGAAAAACAACGAAAUCCACUUAUAGAUAUGUCAUGUGUCACAUCUCUUUAUCUAGGUCAACGACUUACUCAUCGAUUUAAGCGAAAUCUGUUAUUUUCUAUUAAGUAAUUGAAUGAAGAACAACAGUUUAUGUAUUAUUUGUGUCGUGAACACUUGACGACCCCGUAUUACGUUCCGUAUUAUCAUAUCGUUCACAAGAGGAUAUUAUAUAUGACUGCGUUAUCUGGUUUUUAUUUUUUAUUUAUUUUUUUUUUUUUUUUUGCUCACACGAGAGAGCGUUAACCCCGUCGUAUACGAGUCUCGUAACUGGUGCGAUCUAUCAUAAAUGAUGAAAUUUCAGCAAAAUGUAUAACUUACAUUAUACGGCGGCGACGAUAUCUUCGAAAACGAUAAUGCACAAACAAGAUAUUGUAUAAAGGUAUUAAACGUAUACUCUACUAAAAACGAAAACAAAAGUAUUUUCAUUUCGUCCAAAAAAACACAUUUUGGAAAAAUUGUGAACACAAUUCUGUACAUUACACAACUUUGUAUGUAAAUUAUUCAGGGACAAUAAAAGUGAUAUAAUUUGUGAUAUGCCUAA